AUUCAACACAAGCUCAGCAUAAUUUUUUUUACCUUUAUUGUUUGUUUCUCCAAUAGAAAUAUUUGUCUGUCCAAGUCCUCAAAUUUCGUCCCUUUGUUCAGCUUUUGAGCCGCCCCUUUCCAGAUUCCAACCCCUCUCCAGCUCCUCCCUUUUUUUCAUCGAGCAGUAGAAAAAAUUUUCCCCUUUUUUUUCUUUGUUUUUGCUUAAUUUUAUUCAACCUUUUGGGCCUCUGAUUUUGCUCCAUCCUCUGCAGUCCCCACCCCCCAUCUCUCUCUUUCUAUCAGCCUCGAAAACCCGCAUAAGCACAAAAAAGAUUCUGCAGAAACUCUGUUUUUAAUUUAAUUUACCAUUUCUUAUUGAAUUAUGUUUUUGUUUCAUUUUCUGGGUGUAGCAUAGAAGAUUUGGAGAAACCCAGAAAUUUUCUUGGGCUUUUGAGGUGGGAAUUGGAUCCUGAUAGGUGUGAUGGAAGAGAUUGGGAUGGAUAUCAGUUCCGACAUUGAAGUUGAUGAUAUAAGGGUUGACAAUAUUGCUGAAAAAGAUGUUAGUGAUGAGGAAAUUGAACCUGAAGAAUUGGAGAGGAGGAUGUGGAAGGAUCGAAUCAAGCUUAAGAGACUCAAAGAGAAGCAGAAGAUUGCGGCCCUGCAAGCUGCAGAGAAGCAAAAGUCGAAGCAGACCUCUGAUCAGGCAAGGCGAAAGAAGAUGUCUAGAGCUCAAGAUGGGAUCUUAAAGUACAUGCUGAAGCUUAUGGAAGUUUGCAAGGCUCGUGGAUUUGUUUAUGGAAUUAUUCCCGAGAAGGGUAAGCCAGUUAGUGGUGCCUCUGAUAACAUUAGGGCUUGGUGGAAGGAGAAGGUGAAAUUCGACAAGAAUGGGCCUGCUGCGAUAGCUAAGUAUGAAACUGAAUGCCUUAUCAAGGGAGAAGGAGUUGGUAGUCUUAAUGGAAAUUCACAAAGCAUUCUGCAGGAUUUGCAGGAUGCAACCUUGGGAUCACUUUUGUCAUCUUUGAUGCAACAUUGUGAUCCUCCACAGAGGAAGUACCCAUUGGAGAAGGGUGUGUCCCCUCCUUGGUGGCCAUCCGGCAAUGAGGAAUGGUGGACAAGAUUGGGACUACCAAAGGGUCAGACGCCGCCAUAUAAGAAACCACAUGAUUUGAAGAAGAUCUGGAAAGUUGGAGUCCUUACUGCAGUCAUAAAGCAUAUGUCACCUGAUAUUGCCAAAAUCAGGAGGCUGGUACGGCAGUCUAAGUGCUUACAGGAUAAGAUGACUGCCAAGGAAAGCUUGAUAUGGUUGAGUGUCUUGAGCAGAGAGGAAGCUCUUAUCCAGCAGCCAAGCAGUGAGAAUGGUUCUUCUAGCAUAAGUGAAGCACCAUCUAAAGGCCGUGGGGGAAAGAAGAAACCUUUAGUUAGCAGUGACAGUGACUAUGAUGUAGAUGCUGUAGAUGAUGGUGCUGGCUGUGUUUCAUCUAAUGAUAGCCGGAGAAACCAACCCAUGGAGGUAAUACCAAUAAAUGUUACUUCUCAAUCUAAUCAAGAAAAAGAACUCGUAGAGGAGCAGCCCAAGAAAAAGAAACGUAAGAGAUCAAGCAAGGAUAUUAUAGUGGUCUCACAAUCUCUGAAUGAGCAUCAUCAUGCUAAGCAAAGAGAUUUGGUGCCUGAUAUUAAUCAAAAUAGUGCAGAACAUACUAACAUUAUCAUGAAUGAAGAAGGCCAGUCAGGAAGUGACAGGGUAACAGCUGCUAGCUCGCUUGAGAAAGAGGUCGGGCGCCAAUCUCAUUUACCUGUACCUGAUCACAACCAUUUAUCCUCUCUUUCGUCUGCCAAUGAUAUGCAAGUGGAGAACAUUUACUCGGGUAACAGAUCCUUAUUACAGCCUUUCACUCAGAAUUCAGAGCUUGUACCUUAUGAUACUGGGUUGGGUCAAGAACCUCAAGGUCUUCAGCUGCACCAUAUACCUGACUGCCCUGGGCUGAACAUGGCAAUGCCUAACGCAGAGUUUCAGUAUGGGCCUUUGGAUUCUGAUUUUCAGAAUCUGCCUCAAAGUUCUCUUAUGCAUCAUCAUCCAGAAAAUUCUUACUUGCUAACUGGGGUUUCUGAUAUUGGUUUGGCACCUACUCCUUUGUAUCCUUUCUUUGAUCCACCUAUGACUGUUGAAUCAGCUCGUGAUACUAGGCACUCUGGAGUGACUUUUAGUUCACUCCAUUCUCGGAUGGAAGAUUCUGGAAUGAAUAUGCCUGUUGUACAAAGAAAGGAGAAUGAAGAAAGUGUUGGAGAAUUGGAUCAAUAUUUGAAAGACAGGUAUCAAAUUGAACAAAGUGCACGUGUUGAGGAUCCUAUUGUACCUCUGCCAGAAUUUUCAUUAUAUGAUGGUUCAUCAAUAGACGAUUUCUUAGAUUUUGAUGAGUGCUGGCAGCUGGCAGCUUGAAUAUAUGUAUUGUUUCAUGAGGAGCACAUAUUCUUCACUAUUAUGAAGGGAGUUUCUGAAGCUGGCCAAGUUCUGUUCCUCCAGUUAUACUUGCUUUGCUGUUCUGGUAGUGAAGACAUUAACUGAUUAGCACAAAAAACCCGAACGAUUCUGGGCUUAUAUUUUCCCUCCCCUGUUAAACAUUAGCGUAGGAAACCUAUCUAUCCUCAUUUUUAUGCAAAGGCAUUGAACAGAAUAAUGAAGUUUUGGGGAUGAUUUUGGCCCAGUUUGUUUGAUGCUGCAUUUUGUACAGUAUGAGAGUGAGUAGUAGAUCCUUCAUGCUUUCCAUGUGAAUCGUAGGUUUUAAAUAUUUCUAGUUGCUGUUUCUUAGUCCUUGUCCUUCUAAUUCUAGAAUAGAAUUGUCGAUUGCGUUGCCUGAAUUAGAUUUCAAGGUUAUAUAAUUGGUAAAGUUGGCCACCAUAGAUGGUUUUGCUCAUUUUGAGGAUAUAACAUUAUUAUUUUGCUUUCUUUUGUUCUGAAAGCUGAAUUCCUGAUCCUUGUACAUAGAGAAAGAAAAGCUUCACUUCUAGGGGCGUGUCGUGCUUUAUUUUUUUAUACAUGGGGGAAUGUUGUCAACGUUGAGAUAUACUGUUUUAAAGUAACUCCUUUACAUGUUCGAACUCCUACAAGUUUUUUUUAUGUCCAAG